CCUGCCCCCCAGAUAGUCUGGAUAGAACAAACAGAGGAUUGAUGCUCUGGAAUCUCAAACUCCUUGAGUGAAACUGCACCUGAAUGCGUGGGAGGGAUUCACUGUGUCAGCUGAGCCGACGAGGCACCAUAAAUUCCGCAGCAUGGAGACAUUAUUCACUAGCUCUGAGAGUGAGCUGGGAUUCACUCAAUCUUCCCACCAGCAAGACCACGCUGUGGAGAAACCAUUUCCCUGUCCCGAUUGUGGGAAGUGAUUCACUCAAACAAACAACCUGAAGAGACACCAAAAGCAAGUUCACGCUGAAGAGAAACCAAUUCCCAGUCCUGAUUGUGGGAAGGGAUUCCCUCAGGCCGGCAACCUGAAGGAACACCAGAGAAUUCCCACAGGUGAGAAGCCAUUCACUUGUCCUAUGUGUGGGCAGGGAUUUACUGCAUCAUCUGGGCUACAGACACAUCAGCUGAUUCACACCGUGGAGCGGCCGUUCACCUGUUCUGAGUGUGGGAAGGGGUUUACCCAAUUGUGUGGGCUGCAGAAACACCAGCAGGUUCACAUCAUGGAGAGGCCAUUCACCUGCUCUGAGUGUGGGAAGGGAUUUACGCAGUCAUCUCACCUAAAGUCACACCAGCGGAUUCACACUAGAGAGAGGCCGUUCACUUGUUCUGAGUGUGGGAAGGAAUUUAGUGACAUAUCUGAGCUGCAGAGACACCAGCAGAAGCACAGCGGGGAGAGGCCGUUCACCUGCUCUGAGUGUGGGCAGCGAUUCAUGCAGUCAUCUCACCUGAAGAGACACCAGCGGAUUCACACUGGCGAGAGGCCGUUCACUUGUUCUGAGUGUGGAAAGGGAUUUAUUGACCAAUCUGGCAUACAGAGACACCAGCAGAUGCACAGUGGGGAGAGGCCGUUCAUCUGCUCCGAGUGUGGGAAGGGAUUUGUACAGCCAUCUCAGCUACAAGUACACCAGCGGAUUCACACUGGGGAGAGGCCGUUCCCUUGUUCUGUGUGUGGGACGGGGUUUACUAACUUAGCUGCGUUACAGAUCCAUCACAGAAUUCACACCGGAGAGAGGCCCUUCAUUUGCUCUGUGUGUGGGAAGGGCUUUAAUAACUUAGCUGCAGUACAGAGACAUCAGAGAAUUCACACUGGAGAGAGGCCGUACACCUGCUCUGAGUGUGGGAAGGGAUUUAGCGACACAUCUGCGCUACGGAGACACCACCGGAUUCACACUGGGGAGAGGCCAUACACCUGCUCUGAGUGUGGGAAGGGAUUCGUUGAAUCGUUUGUGUUAUUGAGACACCAGAGAAUUCACACCAGAUAGAAGGUGUUCUCCUGUUCUGGGCAUGCAGUAGUGCAGUUGUAGUAAUAUUUUAUUUUGAACAUGUAAAACAAAAAAAAGUUAAAAAAUAAAGCCAAAAUAACAAUAAAAUGAAAUGAACAAUAAACCUAUACAUUGAAUAACUUCUCAUACACAUGACAAAUUAAAUCUUACAUGUUCGAAAAGGAGUAGGAGGAAGUAUACACUUAUUUAUUCCACCCCUUCCCUGCUGCUCAAAAUAUGAAUUCACAAACUUUCUCAUCUA